AUGGCCUCAAAGGAGACUACAGCGGCGGGCUUCGCCAACGUCAGCAGAGAAAUCACAGAGAGCAUCAGGAAGGUGCUGGAUAAGCAGGCCAUUAAGUUUGUGCGAGCCAUCAAGCAGGACACCAGGAGCGGCAAAACAGAGGACAGGAUUCUGGUCCUGGCAACAUGGAGGCUGUAUCUCUUUGCUGUCAAAGUGCCCACCAAGAUGGAGGUCACCUUCAACUUCUUGGAAAUCCGAGCAAUGAACACCUAUCCAGAACACCAGGUUGUUAUCGAUACAGACAAGACUACAUACUCGCUGAGACUACAGUCCCAGGACCAGCUGGAUCACAUGGUCAGCCACAUCAACUACGCCCUCUCCCGAGUCUUCAACAACUCCAUUUACGCUCCUCCUAUUUGUCGAGCAGAGGGAGACCUGACUGAUGGAAGUCGCAAGUUUUCACCAAACUCUGAAUCGUCGUUAGAGCCCCAGAAAACCUGCGGAGGUUUUUCUGAGACCUAUGCAGCUCUUUGUGACUACAACGGAAUUGGCUGCAAAGAAGAAGUGCAGUGGGAUGUUGACACCAUCUACCACUCUCAGGACAACAGAGAAUUCAAUUUACUGGAUUUCAGCCAUCUCGACAGCAGGGACUUGGCGGUGAUCGUGGCAUCCAUCGCAUACAACACCUGGUUCACCAAGCUGUACUGCAAAGACAUGCGCAUAGGGUCGGAGGUGGUGGACCAGGUUCUGCACACAGUCAGCAAGUCCAACAGUCUGGAGGAGCUCACUCUGGAGAAUGCAGGACUCAAAUCGGAUUUUCCACAGAAGAUGGCGUCGGCGCUGUCAGAGAACCCAGCCUCUGUGAUUCACUCUCUCAACCUGGCUCAUAACACGCUGGACAACCAAGGAGUCUCCAACCUGAUUCAACAAGUGUGUCGCCUCAACAAGGGACUGCGCCUCCUCAAUCUCUCCAAGACCUCCCUCUCCUCCAAGGGUGUGGUUUCUCUGUCCCAGGCGUUGUGUUCAAGUGACGACUACUCCAAUUCCCUUCUGCAUCUGGACCUCAGCAAAAACCCCGGGGUUCUGUCUGGAGAGGACGCCACCAACCUGUACCUGUUCCUGGCCCAGCCCAACUGCCUGGUGCAUCUGGACCUGUCUGGGACAGACUGCACCGUGGACUCGUUGUUCGGGGCCUUGCUGCGAGGCUGCUGUGCUGACCUCUCCUACCUGAACCUGUCCAAGAACUCCUUCUCUCACAGGAAAGCGAGAGAUUCUCUGCCAACUUUCCGCCAGUUCUUCAGCUCAGCAUUCAGCCUGACCCAUGUCAGCCUGGCUUCUAUGAAGGUCCCUCCUGAUUCACUGAGGGCUCUGUUCCUAGGUCUGUCCAAUAACCCUCAUAUCACUGAUUUACACCUGGACAUCAGCAGCUGUGAGUUGAGGUCAGCAGGUGCCGGGGUGAUUCAGGAGCUGUUUCCCAGAGUUUCAUGCGUGGGGACUUUAGACAUCACUGAUAAUGGUUUGGAUGCUGACAUGCUGGCUGUCAUCCCAGCGUUCUCCAGGCACCCCUCCCUCAAACACCUGAUGCUGGGGAAGAACUUCAACAUCAAGGGCAGGGUGCUGGAUGAAAUUCUGCAGAAACUGGUUCAUUUGGUGCAAGAGGAAGAGUGUGCCCUUCAGUCCCUCUCCCUGGCCGACUCGAGGCUUCGCCAGCGGGGCACUGUGCUGGUCAACGCUCUGGGCUCCAACGCCUGCCUGCGCAAGGUAGACCUGAGCGGCAACCUCCUGGAGGACUCCGGGGCCAAGAUGCUCAGCAAAGCCCUGCAGAUCAACACAACCCUCAGGAGUGUGACGUGGGAUCGCAACAACACCACAGCGACAGGCUUCCAAGAUGUGGCGAGAGCGCUGGAGCACAACUUCACCCUGCAGUACAUGCCCCUCCCCCUCAGCGAUGUCACGCAGGCGUACCGCAGCGCCCCAGAGAAGACGGACCAGGCCCUGACCAAGAUCCAACGUGCCCUGCUUAGAAACAACCAGACUCAGCGUUUCUCUCAGAAACAGGCUCUCCGGCUGCACCAAGGCCUUGUCACCAGCACUGCCGAACAGGUGAUGGAGCGGCUGUGUGUCCGCGUGCAGCAGCAGGUGUGUGUCCUGAAAGGCUGCGAGGAAGGAGAGGAGGUCCAGACGGCCAGACAAAUCCUCAAAGAAGCCAAGGACUCGAGAGCUCUGUAUCCCUCUCUGUGUGAGUUGGCCCAUGUGUUGUCAGUGGACGGCCCCGUCAAACAGCGACUGGACACUCUUGCUGGAGAACUUGCCAAGGCUGCAGACAAAGAACUGCAGGUGGUAGUGGACUCGAUGGUGUCUUUGUGCCGCGAGUUGUGUCCGAUGUCCUGCUCCGCCGCCGAGAGACUCAGCCCGCCCCUCUCUUCCAUCUCCGAACAAGUUUCCAUCCCUCGCUCCGCCAUCCGCAACGCCCUCAUGGAGAGAGCAGCCGAGGAUAUUAACAGGGCCCUGGAGGAGGUGAAGUUGUCUGUGGUCUCCUAUCUAACCAACUCCAUAGUGGAUCAGAUUCUGCAAGAGCUCUAUACCACUCAUAAAACCCUGGUACUGCUGCGGCAAGUGUCUCAGGCGAAGCGUUGGGAUGACGUCGGGACGGGCAGACGCACUGUCAGACAGUCCAGGAUAAUCGAGUCUCUAGAAUUUCCCGAUGAGGACCUCGGCGUCAACCUGGGAAUAGACACAAUGGCUAUUAAGAAGCGGAGCUCCAGAACUAGAAGAAUUCGUCCCGUCUCCACCAGACUGAGUCUAGGUGAUGAGCCCAGUCCCUCUCCCACCCCCUCUGCUCCGCCACACUCGGCCCCUCUUGCCCACUCGGCAUCGUGGGAGUGUCUGUCCACCCUCCCCACCAAUGGCUCGCCCUUGCGUCACGUGACCCACGUCAGGCCUCGCCCGCCACGGAGACACAGAGCAGGGCACCUUCCCCCAGAAUCUCAUUAAGUUCAGUCCAUGUGUUUCCACAAAAGAGCUCAGGAAGGUGUGGAGCAUUGCUCAGAGAACGGAGGAGUCAAUAUGCUGGAGGAUGGACUGCCUGAUUUCUACAGCAAGAGAGUUCUACCCGACAGUCAGCUGUCAUCCCUCCAUCAGGCCCAGUCACUGAGGAGAAAGAAAAGACGCAGCGUGUUGUCCAUUUUCUCCGGCUUCCGCAAGAACCGCAACUCCACCAUCUCUAAUCAGGACUCGGACAGCGCCUUAGAGAACGUGUACUCAAUGAUUCAGCACCCUAAGGACGCUGGGAGGCCAGACAGCGCUGUUCCUGGAGCGAACGGGAACAUGCCUUCACCUCGGCCAACGCAGGGUGUACCUGUCCACGGGAUGAGGGCUGCCAGCCCCCCCUGCCUCAUCCAAAGACAGUCCACAGACCUAGUCAGCAUGGUGUACAGCUGCAUCGGGGCAGAGAUCGAGGACUCAGAUGGGAGCAGCACCUGUGACAUCAAAGUGACAGACGACACUGACAGAUCAACCACCAUCUCAGAUGCCCCUGCAGAUACUCGGAGUAACGGCCACGUGGUGUCCUCCAAACAACAGACGGACAGACAGAUGGAGACGGGCAGGCAGGAGAGGAUCGUACCCCUGACAGACUCACGGACAGAGAUAGAGGAGGACAGACAGAGCGGCGGUGGAAGCGUGGCCCCCUGUGGACCGAGGCCAGAGCCACCUCCACAGAGCACCAAGCCCAGUCUGGCUGCGAUGAGGCAGAGACACCUGCAGGAGAGUUUAGAAGAGGCAGGAAGGCUGAUGGGGGAAGAAGACCAGAGUGAGAGAAAGCAUGAGGAGAAGCAGAGAGCGCGAGGGCCAGAGGGGCAGCGUCCCCUUGUACCCAAUAAGCCUUGUCUCGACCUUGCAAGAGACAAGACCUCUCCAGAAAAGGCCGUGACCUCUCCCAAAACCUCACCCCUCAGUCCAAGUGAAGAACCAACCAAUGACCAGAGGAGCCUGCCUCCUGCUCAGCCAAUCAUUGAAGAGGAGGGGGCCGCUGAGAGGAGAAGCUCACCAGUUUCUGCCAAGCCUGGGAUAGAGGCAGGAGAUCCUGUCAGUCAAGGCGAGGAAGAGGGUCGUAAUGGAUUUCCAGCGCCAUCACGUCACACCAGGAAGUCCAGCUCGUUUGACAUAGGCAUGGAACGGGACAGCCCCUACGAUCUGGAGAGGCCUUCAGAUCGCAGAUUCCCUGUGAAAAAACCCUGUUUCCCCCAGUACAGAAACAGAUCUCUGGACUGCCCUGCUGGGACCAGGUAUUAUGAAAGCCCCCAGCUUGGUAACAGAGACGCGUUAUGACGUUACCAGUGGAGCAGAAGAAGUUUGCUGGGAAGGGAAGACUGGAACAAGGAGGACUGGAGAGAGACGAGCUUUUAAAACUUUGCGGACUCAACUGACGAAGAUUCAACAGCAGCUGUUUUUCCUUUUUAACCCAUUUAAACCUUUGUCGCUGAAAAUGCAUGUACUGUAU